AUGCUGGUAAAGAACAACAGGCUGGUUACAGAGUUAAUCCUGGUAGGCAUCCCACACACACAGGGGCAGGACAGGGUGCUCUUUGUNUUAUUCUUGCCCUUCUAUGCCUGCACCCUACUGGGAAAUUUAUCUAUCCUUGUGGUUGUUAUUUCUUCCACUCGCCUUCACACACCCAUGUAUUUCUUCCUGGGAAACUUGUCUGUGUUUGACAUGGGUUUCUCCUCUGUUACCUGUCCCAAAAUGCUGCUUUACCUUAUGGGACUGAGCCGACUCAUCUCCUACAGAGACUGUGUCUCCCAGCUCUUCUUCUUCCAUUUCUUUGGGAGCAUUGAGUGCUUCUUGUACACUGUGAUGGCCUAUGACCGCUUCACGGCCAUCUGCUACCCUCUGCAGUACACAGUCAUCAUGAACCCUAGAAUCUGUGUGGCCCUGGCUGUAGGCACGUGGCUGUUAGGGUGUGUCCAUUCCAGUGUCUUGACUUCCCUCACCUUCACCUUGCCAUAUUGUGGUCCCAAUGAAGUGGAUCACUUCUUCUGUGAUAUCCCAGCACUCUUGCCCUUGGCCUGUGCUGAUACAUCCUUAACCCAGAUGGUGAGCUUCACCAACGUUGGCCUAGUAUCUCUUGUCUGCUUUCUCCUAAUCCUUGUAUCCUACAUGCGGAUCACAGUCUCCAUCUUGAGUAUUCGUACAACCGAGGGCCGUCUCCAUGCCUUCUCCACCUGCAGUGCCCACCUCAUUGCCAUCCUCUGUGCCUAUGGGCCUAUCAUCACUGUCUACCUGCAGCCCACGCCCAAUCCCAUGCUCGGAACUGUGGUUCAGAUUCUGAUGAAUCUGGUAGGACCAAUGCUGAACCCUUUGAUCUACACCUUGAGGAAUAAGGAAGUAAAAACAGCUCUAACAAAAAUAUUGCACAGGACAAACCACAUUUCUGAGAGUUAG